AUGACGACGCGCUGCUCAGAAGUGGAUAUCAUCUCGCGCUCUGCAUGGGGCGCCCGUCCUGCCCGCGUGGCAAAUAUGACAAAGCUACCACAGCCCGCCAACGGUAUGGUGUUCACGCAUUCGUUUGGCGACGCCUGCUAUGAUGCCCGCAACUGCUCCCUGAUCACGCAGCCCAUGCAAAACUAUCAUAUGGAGACUAACGAAAUUUCCGACGUUGCUUACAACACCGCCCGUGAUACCAUCACCACCCAUAGAACCACAAGCAUUUCGCGAUGGGUUUAUCGCCGGAUCGAUAAUGGCGCUGCUAAUCGGUGUGAUCCUGUUAGGUAUCGUUUACUGGCGGGGAAAAGAACAGCGAAAAAGGUUCAAGCACUUCUGCCGCGCUACCGACUAUACUAUCGCAACGAACUGCAGAAAACUAUUCCAGCGGAAACAGUUGAUCACUUUCUGAUACCGCGACGUUCCAUCGAUAUAAAAAACGAACACUUAGGGAGCGGCCGCGAUGGCCAUGUUUUCAUGGGAUCCAUGCAGUGCAAAGACAUACGGCGCGCUAGUUGGUCAUCCACGGGCACAUCGGGUUCAUGGCCCGUGGCGGUGAAGAUGCUACGGGAUUUCCCUCGGAACCAGUCAGCGACUAACGCAUUUCUGUCCGAAAUGGCCGUUCUGAUGAAAGUCGGACGACAUAGCAACAUAGUCAGCUUAGAGGGCGUGGUUCUGCAAAGAAAACUAAUGAUGGUUAUGGAGCACUGCGAACUACGAUCCUUGGAGUCAUAUCUAUACACUAUGCGAACCUCUACAGGACCUUUACAAUCCGAAUCGUCCAGUGAAGACCCCAUUUCCAAAAUUGCUCCACAAGAACUGGUCAGUUUCGUCUACCAGAUUAGUCGGGGCAUGGAGUUCCUCGCCAGUAAAAGCGUCAUACAUCGCGAUCUGGCCGCUCGCAAUGUGCUGUUGGAUGCGCAGAAGGUUGCCAAGAUCGCCGAUUUCGGGAUGGCAAAGGAGCAACCUAUCUACACACUAGAACGCGAUAAAGUUCCUCUGCCUGUCCGUGGGUUAGCGCCUGAAUGUCUGCAGCCAAUCGUGCCAUCUUUUCCACUGCCAGCGAUAUGUGGUCCUUUGGCGUACUGGUCUGGGAGAUUUUCACACUCGGUGCAGAGCCGUACGCUAUGGAAUUCCCCAAUGGUAUCUGGUACGAUCAGCUGUGUGCAUUUCUUCGAGAUGGCACACGCCUGAACCUUCCUGAACGAUGUCCCACCGAAAUACGUCAAACGACCCUGGAAUGUUGGGAGUUUUGGUCGGAACGGCGUCCCGAUUUUUCCACGAUUCGUAAUCGUGUGGAACCUCUUGUGCCAAUGAUCGCAAAGUACAUCGCUUGUGAUGCGGCGAUCGGGGCGCCAAAUUGAUGGUCUCGCAAAUCCCAUGAGGCUUGAGGCUCUGAUAAGCGAAGGACUAUUAUUAACUUAGUGGAUGACCUUAGCACAGUCGGCAGUUAGAACUUAGACCUAUCUUUAUAAACGUGUAAGGUAACCCCGCAACUCUCGGAUGGCUGGUUGUCUGAGAUUAUCUUCGCAACAGAAACAUAGCCUACUGCGAGAGAAUGGAGAGCGUCCAGACGUUGUUCCCAUUGCAUGCGAGACAUGCACUUGGUGUGAUGUUACAGUACCUUUGUUAAAGAAAAUGGGUAAGAAACUGUUCAUUAGAACGGGCGAGAGCCGCUCCACUUGUUUUUUGUUUCAAUGUUUAAGUUUGGAGAUUAUGCGUGGUAAAGCUAUGAGCGUAUUGUGCACAGUUCUUUCUCGUGCAAAUUGGGAUAGGUUCCUCAUUUGAUCGG